AUGGAGCACACCCAGCCUGCCGAGGAUCUCAGCCUGAUCCAGCAGCCUUCAACCCCAGAAUUUGGGGACCCCGAAGACCCCAGGGACGAUUCCCCUGACGGCUCAGACACUGUGGUCCUCAGUCUCUUCCCCUGUACCCCGGAGCCUGGGAAUCCUGAGCCAGAUGCUGGCAGUUCCUCACCUCAAGCAGGCAGCUCCCUGAAGCACUCAACGACCCUCACCAACCGGCAGCGGGGCAAUGAAGUGUCGGCCCUGCCAGCCACCCUGGACUCCCUGUCCAUCCACCAGCUCGCAGCGCAAGGGGAGCUGAGCCAACUGAAGGAGCAUCUGAGGAAAGGCGACAACCUCAUCAACAAGCCAGACGAGCGCGGCUUCACCCCCCUCAUCUGGGCCUCCGCCUUUGGAGAGAUCGAGACUGUCCGCUUCUUGCUCGAGUGGGGUGCUGACCCCCACAUCCUGGCCAAGGAGCGGGAGAGUGCCCUGUCACUGGCCAGCACCGGUGGCUACACGGACAUCGUGGGGCUUCUGCUAGAACGUGAUGUGGACAUCAACAUCUAUGACUGGAAUGGAGGAACGCCACUGCUGUACGCUGUGCGUGGGAACCAUGUGAAGUGCGUGGAGGCCUUGCUGGCCCGAGGAGCUGAUCUCACCACUGAGGCAGACUCCGGCUACACCCCGAUGGACCUCGCCGUGGCCUUGGGAUAUCGGAAAGUGCAACAGGUGAUCGAGAACCACAUCCUUAAACUCUUCCAGAGCAACCUGGUGCCCGCCGACCCCGAGUAA